GCAUGCGUAGUGUGUUGGUGAGCGCUGCUGCUUCUGCUGUUUCGCUGGUGUUGUAAACAUUAGCAGCUGGAGAUUCUCCUUUUUAACUCAGUUUAACCUGAAUAACCUCUUUUAACACAGCCCCGCACUACAGCCACCAUCCGCCCGCAGCAUGGAGGCGGAGAGCCGGCCGGGGAAGCGGAGUUACUCCGGAGAGAGGUCCGCAUCCGAGCCUUCAGAAGACGACGAUUAUGUUCCAUAUGUUCCUGUUAAGAUCAGAAAACAGCAGAUGAUGCAGAAGAUGAUGCGUCUGCGAGGGAAGGGAUUGACUGAGGAGGAGCAGAAGGACAGCGGAGGAGAACAGAAAGAUGAGGACGAGGGUCUCGGGCCGCGAUCCAACGUCAGCCUGCUGGAUCAGCACCAGCACCUUAAGGAGAAAGCUGAAGCUCGUAAGGAGUCGGCGAAGGAGAAACAGCUGAAGGAGGAGGAGAAGAUUUUGGAGAGCGUGGCUGAAGGCAGAGCUUUAAUGUCUGUAAAGGAAAUGGCCAAAGGUAUCACAUAUGAAGACCCAAUUAAAACAAGCUGGAAAGCUCCUCGCUACAUAUUAAGCAUGCCGAAAGCGAGGCAUGAGCGAGUGCGGAAGAAGUACCACAUCCUGGUGGAGGGAGACGGCAUUCCUGCCCCUAUAAAGAGCUUCAGAGAAAUGAAGUUCCCUCAAGCGAUUCUGAAAGGCCUGAAGAAGAAAGGAAUUGUCCAUCCAACUCCCAUCCAGAUCCAAGGAAUCCCAACCAUCCUGUCAGGCAGAGAUAUGAUUGGCAUUGCGUUCACGGGCUCGGGAAAAACUCUGGUGUUCACUCUGCCCAUCAUCAUGUUCUGUCUGGAGCAGGAGAAGCGGCUGCCCUUCUGCAAGAGGGAGGGGCCUUAUGGACUCAUCAUCUGUCCUUCUAGGGAGCUGGCGAGGCAGACCCACAGCAUCAUAGAGUAUUACUGCAAGCUGCUGGAGGAUGAAGGUGCGCCGCAGAUGCGCUCGGCUCUGUGUAUCGGAGGCAUGUCGGUCAAAGAGCAGAUGGAAGUGGUUAAGCAUGGGGUGCACAUGAUGGUGGCCACCCCAGGCAGGCUGAUGGACCUGCUGAAUAAGAAGAUGGUGAGUUUGGACAUCUGCCGUUACCUGGCUCUGGAUGAGGCGGACAGGAUGAUUGACAUGGGCUUCGAGGAGGACAUUAGGACCAUCUUCUCUUACUUUAAGGGUCAAAGGCAGACGCUGCUCUUCAGUGCCACCAUGCCCAAAAAGAUUCAGAACUUUGCUAAAAGUGCGCUGGUUAAACCCAUCACCAUCAACGUGGGCCGAGCUGGAGCUGCGAGCUUGGACGUCAUUCAGGAAGUGGAGUAUGUUAAAGAGGAAGCCAAAAUGGUAUAUCUACUGGAGUGCUUGCAGAAAACACCACCACCAGUGUUAAUAUUUGCUGAGAAGAAAGCAGACGUGGAUGCCAUACACGAGUACCUGCUGCUGAAAGGUGUGGAGGCAGUGGCUAUCCACGGAGGAAAAGAUCAGGAGGAGAGAACGAAAGCCAUCGAGGCGUUUAAGGAGGGGAAGAAGGACGUUCUGGUGGCCACGGACGUGGCGUCCAAGGGUCUGGAUUUCCCGGCCAUCCAGCACGUGAUUAACUACGACAUGCCUGAGGAAAUCGAGAACUACGUCCACAGAAUCGGUAGGACGGGUCGAUCAGGCAAGACUGGAGUCGCCACAACUUUCAUCAAUAAAGGAUGUGAGGAGUCCGUGCUGAUGGAUCUGAAGGCCUUGCUGGUUGAAGCCAAGCAGAAGGUUCCUCUGCCGCUGCAGGUCCUCCAGACCGGGGAUGAAGCCAUGCUGGAUAUCGGAGGCGAGAGAGGCUGUGCGUUCUGCGGUGGUUUGGGUCAUCGUAUCACAGACUGUCCCAAGCUGGAGACCAUGCAGACCAGGCAGGUGGCCAACAUCAGCCGCAGAGACUGCCUGGCCAACAGCUCCAUGGAUUUCUGAGCAUUCGGACUCUUCUGCUGCUGCCUGGACUUUUAUUUUUUCAUGGAUGGAGAUGACCAGCGAUUGGCAGAUGUCAGAAAAUGUUCAAAGGAAGAAUUCUGCUUUUACUACGGACUUUUACAGGCUUGUACAGGAAUGGAUUUUUGAUUAAUAUUGAUGUUUUGGAAAAUUGGAAAGGAAUAGAUGGUUUCGUAUCAGUUUUAUUUUGAAAGCUGUUUUUUCUUGUAUAUAUUUAUUCCUUUUCUGUGUCCUGCGUCUGUAACUUACUAGUGCAGAUUGUAAUUAUCAUUAAAACAAAAGCACAAUG